AUGAAAGUCAAUGAACUUUCAGGAGCAUUCGUUGCAUCAACAGAUACUGAUAAUGAUACUGCGCACGCAAUUAUUGAAAUGCUCCGACUGGCGGAAAUGACAUUCAACGCGUUGUCCGAUGUAGAUUUUGACGUCCUUUUAGGUACAAGAGACCUUCCGCCAAUGGAAAUGGCAACUAUGAUGUGGAAUUUGAAUAGAAUAAUUUGUGAUGAAAUGAAACUUGGGUAUAUGCUGAUGCUGGCUGGUACAAAUUUCAAAAAUUACGGUAUCUAUGAAGAUAUUGCAAAUCAUAUGAAGAUGCCUCUUAUCGACUGGGAGCCAUCAAAAAUGGAUUACGUAUCAAGUGGGAAACACUCAUCCAAUCAUCCAAUGAUCUUCUCGGUUGCUCCUUCAGCUGAGCAACUAUUGAUUGAUUAUAUACAGUAUAAAGGAUGGAGAGAUGUCGUUUAUAUUCAUGACGGCAAAAAUGCAGAUAGAACACUUCGGACAAUGUUCUCGUAUUUACACAAAAAAUCUCCGAAAUAUCAGUUAUUCGUGGAUAAUUAUGUGGCUCCAUCAGAUGAAGAAAUGUUCAAGGAGUUUCUGAAUGAAUUCCAUCGAAGAAUAUCAACUCAACAUGCAUUGAAAAGUAAUGAUAGUUCGGAGGAAAUCGACGAACCGAUACCUGUAAAUGUUAUUGUGGACCUAGAAGGCAGCUACCGUACUCGAGCAUUUUUGAGAGCUCUCGAGGAAAGUGUGCUCGUGAAAAAAGAGUAUCAUUAUGUAUUUUCUAAUUUUGAUGUCGAUGAAAACGAUUUGUCUGGAUUCCACUUCUCGCUCAUUAACAUCACAAUCUUCCGAAUAUUUGACAAGAAUAAUAAAAAGUUUUUAAAAACGAGAGCAGAAUUUCAUGAUGUCUACCGCGGUGGUUUCUCAAACACUGAUAAUAUUCCAACAGCUGCUGCAUUCGCACAUGAUGCCAUUUUAGUUGCUGGAAAAGCAUUACAGAUAGCAAUGAAUGAACAUGGAAAAGGGAUUUUUGAUAAAUCUUUCGUUCGCCAUCAAUUAUUUAACCGAGGAAAGAAGGGAUUAUACUGUAGACCACACGAAGAUCAAACUGAAACAAGACAAUUCGAAACAUUCGAACAUGGACUGAAGAUAGCAGAAUCCAUUAAAAAAGUCGUUCUUACGGAACAAGAUGGAACAUUGACAGGGAGGAUUCAAUUUGAUAAAAUAACUGGAAGACGGACUAAUUUCUCGGCUGAAAUUGUAGAGAUAAAACCGGGAGUCAAUUCAUUAAACAGCAUUUGGGAAAGAUUUCAAUGGGCACAAGACGAAGGAUUUCUACUUGGUGGAGAGAGAUAUGUUCAGGAAAAAAAGAAAGAUUCAAGUCAAAUGAGAAAGGGAAUUCUACCAUCGAAACCGUGGAAAUUGCGCUUCAAUGUGGUCACUGUUCUCGUGAAACCAUUUGUAAUGUUGAAAAGAAGAAAUGUUGGAGAGCCAGAACUCAAAGGGAACGAUAGAUUUGAAGGAUAUUGUAUUGAUUUAUUGAAUUUACUGGCCAAGAAUAUCACUGGAUUCGAGUAUGAUGUAUUUAUUUCUGAUGGAAAUAAAUAUGGAGCGAGACAAGCGGAUGGAAGUUGGGAUGGAAUGAUUGGAUAUCUUUUGAAUGAGACAGCUGACGUGGCAGUGGCUCCUCUUACAAUAACUCAAGAAAGAGAACGAGCCGUCGAUUUCUCGAAACCUUUCAUGACAACUGGAAUAUCAAUUAUGAUUAAAAAACCAGAAAAACAAGAAUUCAAUAUCUUUUCGUUCAUGGAACCACUCGGAAUGACUAUUUGGAUUUUCACUUUGAGUUCUUAUUUUGGGGUUUCACUGACAAUAUUUCUGGUUUCCUGGUUCUCUCCAUACGAAAAACGAAUUGAAUUCAAACGUGGCGAGUUUACUGUAACUAAUGAAUUCACUCUUUACAACUCACUUUGGUUCACAUUAGCAGCUUUCAUGCAACAGGGAACCGAUAUUCUACCGAGAGCGGUUUCUGGAAGAAUCGCAUCUUCUUGUUGGUGGUUUUUCACUUUGAUUAUUGUUUCUUCGUAUACAGCUAAUCUUGCAGCAUUCCUCACUCUUGAAAGAAUGACACCUCCGAUUGAAAGUGUCGACGAUUUGGCGAAUCAGAAUAAAAUAUUAUACGGAGUUGUUGAAGGUGGAUCUACUGCUGCCUUCUUCGAGGAUUCAAUUGUGCCACUUUACAAGAAAAUGUGGAAUUUUAUGGUCAGUACGACACAAAAACAAAUGGAAUUAGAGAGACAGUCAAUAUCAAAUAGCACAUCAAAUCGAAUAUUCGUCAGUUCGUAUGCAGAUGGAAUCGAGAAAGUGAGGACAAGCAAAGGGAAAUAUGCGUUUUUGCUGGAAGAAACAACUAAUAAUUAUGAAUCUGGACGAAGACCAUGUGAUACAAUGAAAGUUGGACAGAACUUGAAUACUUUGGGUUACGGUAUCGCUACAAAAAUUGGAAAUCCGUUGAGAGUAUCCUUGAACCUGGCCAUCCUUUACCUUUCCGAAAAAGGAGAAUUGAAGAAGUUGGAAAACAAAUGGUGGUAUGAUCGUGGUCAAUGCGAUACUGGAACAUCUGAUGGAGGAACAAGUAGCAGUUUGAAUUUAUCGAAAGUUGCUGGAAUAUUCUACAUUCUUCUUGGUGGAAUGGUCCUCUCUAUGUGCACCGCUCUUGUGGAGUUCCUUUUCAGAAAAAAUAAAGAAAAUCGAGAGAAAGAACGAAAUAGAAUGAGAAAUUCUCGACAGCAGAAGCCUGGAAUUAUCGCUUCGUGUGAGAGGGCCAAACAAAAACAACAUCAGAAUCGAAGGACGAAAAGUGAAGAAGUCACAACACCGAGAAGUACUUUGUUUUAA